GUGAUAAGACAUUUUCAAACAUCCUUUACAAAAAACAGAAUCGCAUUGCGCAUUGUGAGAUUGUUUUAGUGUCUCAAAGGUAAUUGGUGAAAUUUUGUCAGAAUUUUGCGAUCAUCGGGGCGAAACUGUUCCGUUUGAGGCCGGGCAUAGUUCUUUUCUCACGGGAGAUGCCGGUUAAUGGUAGGGAUUUUGGUUUAGGAAGUCUCCCAAAUAUGCCUCCUUUCGAGAGAAGCUGGCCAGAACUGAAACACCCGUCUUACAGGAAGAGGAAUUUAAUUUCGACAGAAAAUUGGCUCCAUGACAAACAGACUGACGAUGGGGCAGAGGGGCUUUGGCGCAUCCACGAUAAAUUAUACGAUCUUCAUGGGUUCAUGGAGAAACAUCCAGGUGGAGCUCAGUGGCUGGAGAUAACCAAGGGCACUGACUGCACCGAGUCAUUCGAAUCCCAUCACCUGGGCGGCAAAGCGGAGGCGAUCCUACCCAAGUACUUCGCGAGAGAAGCCUCUGCCCCGCGCAACUCGCCGUACACUUUCCACGACGAUGGGUUCUACCGUACACUCAAGAAGCGGGUGAGCAAGACACUGGAGACCCUCCCUAAAGAGGACAUCAAAAUCCGAUCAAAAAUCAUUAUGGAUUCCCUCGUCCUGACUUCACUGUCCCUGGCCGUCAUGGCCGCCCAUUGGAGCAGCUACAGGACCGCCGCACUCUCUGGUGUCUUCCUCGCUUUUGCUGCCAUAUGCAGCCACAACUUCUUCCACCAGAAGGAUAACUGGCGGAUGUAUUAUUUUAAUCUCAGUCUCAUGUCUGUCAGGGAUUGGAGAAUAUCUCAUGUGCUGAGUCACCAUCCAUUCACAAACACACUGCAAGACCUAGAGAUCACUUCGUACGAACCGUUUUUCAAUUAUCUUCCUGACCCGGAAAAGAGUUGGGCUGUUCGUUACCUCUCAUGGAUAUACUGGCCUUUGGUUCACGGUACAAUUUUUCACACGCAAGUUAUUCACAGAUUCAUUCACAACACUUUCACGUGGCCGGACGUGCUGGGUUUGAUAAUCCCUGUUUUACUGUGCAUUGCUAACGGAGGUUACAUACUCUCCGGAGUUCUCAUGUGGACGUGGCUGAUUUUGGUCAGCAGUUUCGUUUUCGGAGCCAUCGACAUCGUUUCGGCCCAUCACCACCCGAAACUCUUCCACGAGGGUGACGCACCAAGACACGACCGCGAUUGGGGAUUGGCACAAAUUGAUGCGGCAAGAGAUCGACAGGAAUUCACGGGGAUCCUACCUCUGGUUCUGAUCGCUUUCGGAGACCACACUCUCCACCACCUGUUCCCGACUGUGGACCACAGCAUCCUCAAGUAUCUGUAUCCUGUCGUCAUGGACACCUGCAAGGACUUCGGUUUCGACUUCAAAAUGACGAGCACAUUCGAUUUGGCAAUUGGUCAAUUUCGUCAGCUAGCCCGCAACAAGCCCAACACGACCCCCCCACGGUGAUUGGACUGUUAGACAGAGUCAUGGACGUAGUUAUUAAGGGAAGACUGCGGACUGCGACUGCCCCCCCCCCUAGAAUUUGAAAUAGUAUCAUUUGUCCCCUCCGUAAAUUUUGGACUUCAAAUUUAAUCUAAAUUUCUUUGCUCCCAAUGCAAAUUGAGAAAAAAAGAAGAGACAAAUUUAAUAAAGUCACAAUAUGCACAAAAUGUUUAAAAAUUUUCGA